UUAAUCAUAUAAUAGUAGGCAUCAUGAAAAUGCAGUACCAAUCAGAUUCGAGCAAUUCCUCCUCCUCCUCUGAAGCUCUGGAGAGGGUGGUGUGGCUGGCGUCGGGCAGCGCGGUGGUGAUAUUCAGCAUGAGCACGUGCUGCAUGUGCCACGCCGUCAAGCGCCUCUUCUGCGGGAUGGGCGUCAGCCCCACCGUCUACGAGCUCGACCACCAUCCCAUGGCCCGGGGCAUCCAGGCCGCGCUCUCGCACCUCCUCGGCGCCGCCGCCGCCGUGCCGGUGGUUUUCGUCGGCGGCAAACUCGUCGGGACGAUGGAUAGCGUCAUGGCGGCCCACAUUGGCGGCGCUUUGGUGCCGCUGCUCAAGGAAGCCGGCGCGCUCUGGCUUUGAAUUACUUUUCUUGCGUUGGGGAAUUGAUUUUGUAGUGCCAAGGAAAAGGGGCUCAAAUCGGAUUGGUUGUAGCAAUUAUGUGGGGAGUGUCCUUUGUAUAGAUGAUGUGAAGCUUAAUUAUUUUCAAUCUUCUUUUA